AUGUCGAUAGAAUACGUUCCGGUAAGCGAGGGCGAGCAAGAUGAGCCCAUCGAAUUGCCGACAGAGGAGGAUGGCACGCUGUUGCUAAGCACAGUUGCCGCCCAGUUUGCAGGUGCUAGCGGUCUUAAGUAUCGUGCGGGUGGACGCCUACGGGGCGUACGCCAAACCGACGAUCGUCUGUCUCCGCCGGGCGAAGGCUGGUCUGCACAUCGCUACUGGUGUGCUUUUCCGCGCACUGAGCCUACUCUAUCUCCACGACCGCGAUGUUCUGAUCUUAUAGUGCUUGGUUUACCAUGGAAAACGGGAGAGGAAGCGGUACGAGAGUACUUCUCCACCUUCGGAGAGUUACUCAUGGUGCAAGUGAAGCGCGAUGCAAAAACGGGCCUAUCUAAAGGUUUCGGUUUUAUAAAAUUCGCAGAAUACGAAGCACAGGUGCGUGCACUCGGGCGACGACACAUGAUCGACGGCCGCUGGUGCGACGUUCGGAUUCCCAAUGGCAAGGAUGGCGGCGCUACCGCCCACCGUAAGGUGUUUGUAGGCCGGUGUACCGAGAGCCUUACCGCCGACGAUCUUCGUGAAUAUUUUGGUGCAUUUGGGCAAGUGACCGAUGUGUUUGUUCCACGGCCUUUCCGUGCAUUCAGCUUUGUGACUUUCCUAGACCCUGAGGUGGCACAAUCUUUAUGUGGGCAGGACCACAUCAUCAAAGGUGUGUCUGUAAAUAUCUCAACGGCAUCUCCGAAACGGGAACGUGGCACACGAAGUUCGCACCUGUUAGGAUGGGGUCUAGUAGAAGGCGGCACGCGUGUCUUCAACUGGGCUGGCGACUGGCCCGCCGCAGCCCACGCCCCGCCUCCUGUGCCGCCCACCCUCGACACCAAGUCCUACCUCAAAUAUGACUAA